GUAUUGCGUUUAUCCAUUCUGCACAAAACCGAAGCUGAAGGAUUCAUUUCGGAUCCUGUAAAAAUAAAGUACUGUAGCAAUGUCAUAGCAGCACCUAUUAGCGAUAGGCCAUUCAAUAAUGGGAAGCCAAAAACAACUGGAAAACGAAGACUGUGGGGUGCUGGAUUCUCUGGUGGAGAUGUAGCUGGAACACAGCAAUUACUUGCUGAGUUGCAAAAACUUAACGACGAUAAAUGUUUUCAUUUCCCAAAGACGAAAUCGUUGGUUCUUAAAGCUGGAAAUGUUGGUAUGGGUCAUCAAGCAAGUGCCAAAGUACAUAUUAUUUCACGAAAAAUAAUACAAAGAGCAACUGCAAUCUAA